GCAACAACCUGGUGAUGAGGAAGAUAAGGAUAAAUGUUUAAUGUGGUCAUGGAUCCACUUCCAAUUCCCCUAGAUGUCACCUGUGCAAUUUUUCAAGCUUGCAUGAGAAAGUGGAUUAAAUGAAUAAUACUGCCAUUUUGAAUCUAGCCAGGAGACAUACAAUCACAGCAGGGCCUUCUCUCAGCGAUCUGUUGUGGUGGGAAAAUGGUGAAAAAGAAAUGGGCCUGGUUUGUAUGAUAGUUAGACUUUCAUAGAGAAAGAGAGACUUUGUUGCUCUGCAAGCCUUACCUUGCAAGGGUGUUUGACACUGGCCAUGUUUCUGCUGUGGCUGAGUUGCUGAAACCUGAAGGUUUAAUCCUUAAUACUGAUAAGAACAAAAAGAAUGUGACUUAUCUCUCCAAUCUCUGCAGAGAUGGAAGGAAAAACCAUUUCUCGGACCAUGAUUACACGUUAUUUGACAGCUUUUCAGUUUGCCCAUUAAUUUAGGUGUUUGAAUAAGUAAACUCGGUUGGGGGCGUUCAAGUAUCAUUUACUUUAUAAAUGUGAUAGUUCCUUUUUGAAGUGAUCCUACUCUUACCCCUUUCUUCUACCAUUCAUAGAGUUUAAAUAUUUGCCAGUGCAGAUGUUUGAUUUUUAUCUUAGCUCUCUCUUUGUUUAACUUUAUUCUCAUGGGUGGUUAAGUGGAAGAUAAGGGGGUUCUUGUUUAAUUCUUUUCAACUGGUGUUGCUCAAAUAUUUGGAGAGCAGACACUUCCCAGAAAGAAUGAGCAGGAACCUGUUUGGAUGGAGGCGAAAUGAUGUCUCCCUAUCAUGGCAGACCAGACACUGUUAGGUUGUUACUAGGACCAAGGGGUCUGGAAGACAUGGUCACUUCCCAGGGUCCAGACGGUCUUUGAGAGACUCUGACAGCUGCUUACCGGUCAAGGGAUUUUGCCUCCCGUGCUUACCAGAAAGAUGUGUGCUCUUCCUAAAGUGGAGCUUGGUGGUUGAACAGCCCUAGCAGCAAGGGCCAGCCUUGUGUUGUCGAUUCAUUGGCAGCCUCACUGUGUCUGUUCCACCUGCUUCUGAUCCAAUACCAGAUUCUACUUCAGGAAGAAAUAGUGGGAUUUUUUGUUUUUAACCUUUUGCACCUGUCUCGGCAUUUUAGCAGUGAUUAAAAACAAGCAAACAAGUAAAAAACAUUCCCUAGCCCAUUAGCUGUCAUCAUAGUUGCUUUGUUAAUGGACUCAACUGGCAGUUUGAGCCUGGCUCUUCUGAGAGAUCCUCGGGUAUUUGCUUUUUCAAUUACUGCCUUAAAAAUGUGUCCGUGAGCAAUACCGCAUUUCACCACCACCCUGGGAAUCCACACUGUGGGUGUGGUUUUUGUGUGCAAAGUGAUAAAUUGGGCAGGCUUCCUUGGAAAUGUUGAGGAAAACCCAGGGUUCUGAGUGAUUUGCCUGGCAAAUCACCUUCCAUAGGAAAUUUAAACAAAGACCAAAAAAGAGACUCAGGAAGUAAAUCCCAACUGGUGUAUGUGUCUCUCUCCUUUAUAUCUUUUUCUUUCUAAACUGGGACUCCACUGAAAAGUUGAUUUACACUGUGAAUCGUGGCUGAAUGAAAUCCAAUUGGAACUCACUUGAACACUGUUUUGAUGUAAGAUUCAAAGCUUCUGCAAAUUUAUUUUAUCUUCUACAUUUGCUGAUCUCCUGCUUGUAAAUCCUGUUGAAGGAGAAUAAAAAUGACUGCAGCCUGAUGGGAAUUAAAUGUCUGAAGUUCAAAGCAGUUUGCACAUCAGAGCAAACGUCAAUCAAAUGAACAUCUUGCAAGCCAGGCAGGGAGUGAAUUUCUCCAUGGGGAAGAGAUCAAAGUGGGAGUCACAGUUCUGUUUUCUCCCUCGGGAUGCAGUUUCGAUCAGUUGUUCAUGAAAGUAAAUCCAGAAGGAAGUUUUUUUUUUUCUUUCCUUUUCAAACUUACAGGCAUAGGAAAGAUAGAAUUAUUUGAAACUAAAUUUCAGGCGCUGGUUUUAUCUUAUGAAAAUAAGUAUAGAAAGCAGUCAUAAUCCAAUAUCUCCUUUUUUUCAAGUGAGGGUCUAUAGGAGAUUUAGAUAGGAUCAUUCUCUUAUUAUAAAUUCCUUUUUUAAAGUACAGAUAUAAAGUUGAAUUGCCCUGCUCAUUUUAUACGAAAAUCUAUGAUUUUACCAGUACUUGACCUUUUCCAUAAAGCUGGAAUACUAUAAAUGUGACUGGCAGCUAAUAUACUUCUCAAUGAAAAAUCUUGUAGGUAACCCUUAAGCUAACUGACAUGUUUCUAUAAAGUAUUGUAAGCAGUAACUUUAUGUUUCUCAUAGUCCCCAAAUCAGGGUGAAUAGUAUGUUUCUUUUUAUAAAUAGAAUUUACAAGAGGCACAGGUGCAUAAAAUGCAUUCCCAUCGUAGUCAAGGCAACUGUUUCUCUGGGAUCUGGAGGUGGCUAAUAUAACGGCCAAGCAUGUUUUACUCCUGUGUUUAGAGUCCAGGAGGAAUCUGGAGUCCAGAAGAGAAGAUACUAGUGAGUGUGGGCGAGUGGAGGGUGAAGAGAUAAUCACAGGGUUUUUGCUCUUGCUUUUUCUCCUAGCUGGCUCAGCAGCUCGGGACACACCGUUCUCCUGUAUCUCUAAGCCCCCUGUUGACACCUGCUUCCUUACCUGACUGGCAGGUCAGCAGUCUAGGCAGAGACAGAAGCAGAGUGAGGUUUAUUUCUGGGCACUUCAGUGUUAACCCAGCUGGGGAGUGCAUGCUCUAUGGUUGAGGUUCAGCACAUGUGAAGGAACUCAAGACAACUGAGACUAUUGAGAGACUGUUACCACUUAAAGAAUAGCAUCCAGCAGGAAGCAGGAGGAAAGAGAGUGGUUGACAGGUCUCUGAAUUCUUUAAAUAUCAGAAUGUGGGGGCUUACUAGGAGAAAAUUAACUUAAAACCACCAGCAUUCACUUCAUUCAGGUUACCCAGGGAGCAAGAAUUAAAUCACGUUCCAAAAUGAGGUAACAAGCUGUUCAUCCCUUCCUGCUAAACUUUCAGAACCCUCUUGUCCUUGAGCGAACAAGACGCAAGUCAGAUUGCCCUCUGGCUGGGGUUCUCCUGCAAGGUGGUUAUUUACUGCUAAGACAUCAGGAUUGUUCUAUGGAUUCCUUCAGAGAAAAGAACUUCUUCAGAUUUGAUGGGAACUUUAACACCAAUGUAUCUAGAACAAUUAGUUGUGAUCGACUUUCUACUACUGUUAAUAGCCGGGCCUUCAAUCCAGGACGAGAUUUAAAUUCAGUUCUUGCAGACAACCUGAAAUCCAACCCUGGAAUUAAGUGGCAAUAUUUCAGUUCGGAAGAAGGAAUUUUCACUGUUUUCCCAGCACACAAGUUCCGGUGUAAGGGCAGCUAUGAGCAUCGCAGUAGACCUAUCUACGUCUCCACGGUCCGGCCACAGUCAAAGCACAUAGUAGUGAUCCUGGACCAUGGGGCUUCUGUCACGGACACCCAGCUUCAGAUCGCCAAGGAUGCUGCCCGGGUCAUCCUCAGCGCCAUCGAUGAACAUGAUAAGAUCUCUGUGCUGACUGUGGCCGACACGGUCAGGACGUGCUCACUCGACCAGUGCUAUAAGACGUUCCUGUCUCCAGCCACCAGUGAGACAAAAAGGAAAAUGUCCACCUUCGUCAGCAGCGUCAAGUCUUUGGACAGUCCUACCCAGCAUGCAGUGGGAUUUCAAAAGGCAUUUCAGCUGAUUCGAAGCACAAACAAUAACACAAAGUUCCAAGCGAAUACAGACAUGGUCAUAAUUUACCUGUCAGCUGGCAUCACAUCAAAGGACUCUUCGGAAGAAGAUAAAAAGGCAACUCUCCGCGUCAUCAAUGAAGAAAAUAGCUUUCUAAACAACUCUGUAAUGAUUCUCACCUAUGCCCUCAUGAAUGAUGGGGUGACUGGUUUGAAAGAGCUAGCUUUUCUGAGAGAUCUGGCUGAGCAGAACUCCGGGAAGUAUGGUGUGCUGGACCGGACAGCAUUGCCUGUGAUUAAAGGGAGCAUGAUGGUGCUGAACCAGCUGAGUAACCUAGAGACCACAGUUGGCAGAUUCUAUACCAACCUUCCCAACCGGAUGAUUGAUGAAGCUGUCUUUAGCCUUCCCUUCUCUGAUGAGAUGGGAGAUGGUUUGAUAAUGACUGUGAGUAAACCCUGUUAUUUUGGAAACCUACUUCUGGGAAUUGUAGGUGUGGACGUGAACCUGGCUUACAUCCUCGAAGACGUGACGUAUUACCAAGAUUCUUUGGCUUCCUAUACUUUUCUCAUAGAUGACAAAGGGUAUACACUUAUGCACCCAUCUCUCACCAGGCCAUAUUUACUCUCAGAACCCCCACUUCAUACUGACAUCAUUCAUUACGAAAAUAUCCCCAAAUUUGAGCUGGUUCGGCAGAAUAUCCUAAGCCUCCCUCUGGGCAGCCAGAUAAUCACCGUCCCUGUGAACUCAUCCCUGUCCUGGCACAUAAACAAGCUGCGAGCCACCGGAAAGGAGGCCUACAAUGUCAGCUACGCCUGGAAGAUGGUACAAGACACUUCCUUUAUUCUCUGUAUUGUGGUGAUACAACCGGAAAUACCCGUCAAACAACUGAAAAACCUCAACACCGUCCCCAGCAGCAAGCUGCUCUACCACCGGCUGGACCUCCUGGGCCAGCCUAGCGCCUGCCUUCACUUCAAACAGCUGGCGACUCUAGAAAGUCCAACUGUCAUGCUGUCUGCUGGCAGCUUUUCCUCCCCAUACGAACACCUCAGCCAGCCAGAGACAAAGCGAAUGGUGGAACACUACACGGCCUAUCUCAGUGACAACACCCGCCUCAUUGCUAACCCAGGGCUCAAAUUCUCUGUCAGGAAUGAAGUAAUGGCCACCAGCCACGUCACAGAUGAAUGGAUGACACAAAUGGAAAUGAGUAGCCUGAACACGUACAUUGUCCGCCGUUACAUAGCAACACCCAAUGGCGUCCUCAGAAUUUAUCCUGGUUCCCUCAUGGACAAAGCAUUUGAUCCCACUAGGAGACAAUGGUAUCUCCAUGCGGUGGCUAAUCCAGGCUUGAUUUCUCUGACUGGCCCUUAUUUGGAUGUUGGAGGAGCUGGUUAUGUAGUAACCAUCAGUCACACGAUACAUUCAUCCAGUACCCAGCUGUCUUCCGGGCACACCGUGGCUGUGAUGGGGAUUGACUUCACACUUAGAUACUUCUACAAGGUUCUGAUGGACUUACUGCCAGUCUGUAACCAAGAUGGUGGCAACAAAAUAAGGUGCUUCAUAAUGGAGGACCGGGGUUAUCUGGUGGCACAUCCAACCCUCAUUGACCCCAAAGGACAUGCACCUGUGGAACAACAGCAUAUUACCCACAAGGAGCCCUUGGUAGCAAACGAUAUCCUGAACCACCCCAACUUUGUAAAGAAAAACCUGUGCAACAGCUUCAGUGACCGAACAGUCCAAAGGUUUUAUAAAUUCAACACUAGCCUUGUGGGAGAUUUGACGAACCUUGUGCACGGCAGCCACUGUUCUAAGUACAGACUGGCGAGGAUCCCAGGAACCAACGCGUUUGUUGGCAUUGUCAACGAAACCUGCGACUCUCUUGCCUUCUGUGCUUGUAGCAUGGUCGAUCGUCUCUGUCUCAACUGUCACCGAAUGGAACAAAAUGAAUGUGAAUGUCCCUGUGAGUGCCCUCUAGAGGUCAAUGAGUGCACUGGCAACCUCACCAAUGCAGAGAACCGAAACCCAAGCUGCGAGGUCCACCAGGAACCGGUAACAUACACAGCUAUUGACCCUGGCCUACAAGAUGCCCUUCACCAGUGUGUCAACAGCAGGUGCAGUCAGAGGAUGGAAAGUGGGGACUGCUUCGGUGUGCUGGAUUGUGAAUGGUGCAUGGUAGACAGCGAUGGAAAGACUCACCUGGACAAAUCCUACUGUGCACCCCAGAAAGAAUGCUUUGGGGGGAUCGUGGGAGCCAAAAGUCCUUAUGUGGAUGACCUGGGAGCAAUAGGUGACGAGGUGGUCACGUUGAACAUGAUUAAAAGUGCCCCCGUGGGCCCCGUGGCCGGAGGCAUCAUGGGAUGCAUCAUGGUCCUCGUCCUUGCAGUGUAUGCCUACCGCCAUCAGAUUCAUCGCCGGAGUCACCAGCACAUGUCUCCUCUUGCUGCCCAAGAAAUGUCAGUGCGUAUGUCCAACCUGGAGAAUGACAGAGAUGAAAGGGACGAUGACAGCCAUGAGGACAGAGGCAUCAUCAGCAAUACUCGGUUUAUAGCUGCAGUCAUUGAACGACAUGCACACAGUCCAGAGAGGAGGCGUCGCUACUGGGGUCGAUCAGGAACAGAAAGCGAUCAUGGUUACAGCACCAUGAGCCCACAGGAAGAUAGUGAAAACCCCCCGUGCAACAAUGACCCCUUGUCAGCUGGGGUGGAUGUGGGGAACCACGACGAGGACUUGGAUCUGGACGCCCCGCCCCAGACGGCCGCCCUGCUAAGUCACAAAUUCCACCACUACCGCUCCCACCACCCCACGCCGCACCACAGCCACCACUUGCAGGCGGCCGUGACAGUACACACCGUCGAUGCAGAGUGCUAACACUCUCCUGACCUCCACGAGAAGAUGGGAGCUGGGAGGUACAGAAUGUUCUGGAGGGAAGAAGAGCCAGCAUCAGAUAAUCCACAGCAAGAGACCCCUUGUGUUCGUGCUUUGUCCAGAGCAGUUUAACUCACUUGCUGCCUGUCAAAUGUGUUUCGGAAGGAGGAACAACAACAAAAUCACGUUUGUGAAAGUGCGAAGCUGGUUCUGAAAUGGAGGGGAAGUAAGCCUGAUUAACGAACCUGCCAUAAUACCAGUGGGGUGGAGCAGAAGGCAAACCUCCAAACACAGAGGCGAGACCCAUAAACGAAACGUUGGGAACCUUCGUUAAGCUGAGCCAGAGGAAUGUCCCAAGGAGCCAGAAACAUUCGGCUCUCCUUAACUGGAAGAGAGACAAGUGUGCCCAGCCGGAGACUGGGAACGUGGCACAUCCAGACAGAAAUGUGUGCUUUCGGAAGAUCUCGCUUUGUUUCUGGCGGUACCUAGAUACCACAGUUGCUGUAUGGAACUCCUGUUAAGCUCUAAAUGAUGCAUCUCAAAAUUUCUAAGUAAAGGAUUAUUUUUCUACUAUUUAUUGAACUUUCAAACAUUCUCAAACUUUGGGGGAAAGAAAAGGAAACACAUGAGAAAUUGUCAGCAAUUAUCCCUAGCUGUCUUGUGUGUGAAGUGGUUGACUAAGGAGUUCUAUUAUUUAACUGAUAUCCUCCCACUGCCCCAGUCUACAAAAUGGGAAAAUGAAGAAAUCCUUCUCUCUGACUUGUUUACAUACAUUUUCUUUAGAACGUCAUCUUAUGGAAACCUAUCUUUUUUUGUAAUGCAGUAUUCUUUAUGUUUGACAGAGGCAGGGAAGACAGAGGAAUCCAAAAUGCUUUUCAAGAAAUGUUAGGUCUCUUUUUCACUCAUUUCCACUCCCCGUACGAUGCUUUUCUCAGAUGUCUUACAAAACCUAGUAUUACAACCCCAGCCUUUCGGCUAAGGGAGGGAUGGAUUUCUUCUUGUGUUAGAGACUAUAAAUUUUUAAGUGUCCCAUUUUGAUUCUGAAAAUAUUGAGUACAUAAAGGAAGAGGUUUUUAAACUUCAAAAUUGAUUCCUAAAGAUUUCUUUUGAUAUCCUAGUUCAAAGCUGCUGCCAGUUAUCCGAGAAGCUAUCCACUGAACUGCUUUGUGACGUAUACAGAGAUUAAUCCGAUCUGGCUAAUAUAACGUGGGGCAUUGUAUUUUUAAAGUAGUGUUCUAAUUACAGUGAUGUAUUUUAGAUUCACAUCUUGUGAUUCAAAUAUGUUAUAAAGACAUUCUUGCACCAUGUGUGUGGUAAAUCUCCGUUUAUAUGUAGUUGGAAAAAAUUCACUGAAUAACGUUUUAACGAUAGGGUAUCACGAUAUAAUGUAAAAAAAAAAAAAAAAAAAAACAAUUGGUUCUUCAGCAGUACAGAAAGUAAACUGUAUGCGUGCUAUCAGGAAACCCCUUCGUACUGUGUAUAAAUUUGCAGUCUAGUGAAAUAAACUGUAUGAACGGACA